AUGACCAAAACUAUCGACAUCAAUCAAGAAACUCGCUACAAGCUAAACAAUGGGCUUCAAAUUCCGGUUAUAGGAUUCGGGGUGUACGACAUCCCAAUCGAGGAGACCGAAGACCUGGUUUACCAGGCUCUGAAAGACGGCUAUAGACACAUAGACUCCGCGGUAGGAUACGGGAACCAAGCGCAUGCCGCGCGGGGCAUUCGUAGGUUUCUAGACGACACAGGCGUUGGUAGAAGCAGCAUCUGGUUUACUACGAAGUUGACCAAUGCGCAGCAGGGCCUCCAGGAGGCACAAAAAGCUCUAGAAGGGAUUGCUGCAGAUGUCAAGGAGGCAAUUGGAUACGUGGAUUUAGUGUUGCUCCACUCUCCCAAGACCGACUCUCAAAGACGGUUGGACUCCUGGAAAGUGCUAGAGACGGCCGUGUUGGACCCUGCUUCGAGCGCGAUACCAGUGAAAAGUAUCGGUGUGUCGAACUUUGGUAUCCCGCACCUGCAGCAGCUUCUGGCCGUAGCGCGUGUUAGACCGGUGCUAAAUCAGCUGGAAUUGCAUCCGUGGCUACCUCACGUCGAGCUGCGUGAUUUUUUGCAAAAGGAAAACAUCGUCGCGGAAGCGUAUUCUCCUUUGACGCAAGGUGUCAAACUGCAAGAUCCCGAGCUCUUGGCGCUCGAAGCGGAAUCUGGCAUUCCGAAGGGGAAGCUCUUGUUGAGCUGGUCGUUUUUGCAAGGAUUUGUGGUGCUAGUAAAAAGCAGCAAGCCCGAGAGAAUCUUGACCAAUCUACAAGUCCUUCCUAAGAAAGGGGACAGCUGGAAAGUCGAGCUUGACGACGGGAUUUGGCACGCACUCGAUAAACCAGACUCGCACGAUGUUGUGACGUGGGGUAAUCAAGAUCCUACGCUCUAUCCGCUAGACUAG